AUGGGUACUUAGUGACAUUAGUGACAACGAUUUCUGGGACCCCCUUGUCACUAAUCCGUCACUAAUUCGUCACUAAUGUCACGUCACUAAUGUCACCUAUUAGUGACCCAGCCCUAUCGGCGAAACAACCUCUGGCUCCUAGCCGUCGGGAGCGCGGAGAACCGGUGGCACCAUAACUAAUUCUGAAACAUCGCUAGCUGGGACGGGCUGGACCGAGAGCCGUGCAGAGCCGAAACUGUGACGUCACGCCACGUGAGUUGACAUUGUCAUUGUCUUUGUCUUGGGGACGACUUUUUUCUGGUGACACUGCAUUCGUGAGUUAUCACUUGACAUUGGCUGUGCAGUCAUAGGUAUGACGGAAAAACUGAUAUGAGAAACAGAGACAUUGGACGUCAGUGACAGGAGGUGACCCUAUCCCCGAAAAUGGGGGGCACCCACCGUGGCCUGCUUGGGAAAACGACAUCGAUGGGAACAAAUACCACAUGUUCUACGAAAACGCUCGCGAAGGAAGCUACAAUGGGCGAAAAGUAGCAAAGUCCUACGCUAAGCCGCUACCCGUAAACGUUGACGGGCAUGCUGAGCUGUACGCACACACCAUUUUGAGGGUGAGGGACGUAUGUGCAGUCAUGCAGUGCUCAAUACAAGGCAGCCUGAGCGUGGAAGUCAAAGGCCACGGGAAAAUACAGCGGAAGGAUUGA